AUGAGCAGCAUCGGCAACGUGCCUCUGGCCAAGAUGGACCCUCGUCCCAUGUCCUCGCCGUCUCUCGCGAACCUGGACGACCCCUCCAAGCCCACGCGCACGAGCUCCGUGCCAAACAUCGCCCUCAAGCUCGGCCCCGAGUCCCAGAUCCCUGACCACCCCCAUAGCAUGAAUGAGGUGCCGCGGGCCUCCAACAACUAUGCCACCAGCCCUGGAUAUCGGGGCCCCGGCCCUCACGACGGCGUCUACGACAGUGGCUACGGGGGCGGCGGCGGCUACGGACCGGUGGCGAACGCUGGCUAUGCCCCCGCGCCCAUGAUGACCUCCGUCUCCCAAUUGCCCUCCGACGUCCCGUCCCUCAAGAGCCGCUGUCAGUUCCAGCUGCAGGAGUACCUCAGCCUCCAGCGCAAGCGCCAGCGCGCCGAGAACUCGAGCAAGGUGGCCCUGGACCUGGAGUCGAGGAUCCGGUCGCAGCAGGGGAUGGUGCUCAAUGAUCUCGUAGCGCUGCAGGCCGAGGUCAAGGCCAUGGUCAAAUCCGCGGAGAAUCACCGCUGGCGCAAAUGGCUUCUUGGCGGAGCGAUUGCAUCAUUCAUCCCUCUGGUGAGACGCAUCUUCCGCCGUGGUGAUGACGAAGCGUCCCUGGCAGCCUCCAACGACACCGAGUACGCGUUCAAUAAAUCCAAGGGCCUGCUCGACUACAUCAAGGAGGGCGUCCUGGGCAACGGGAGCUUCGCCAAGAUCGCCUUCUUCGUCUUCGCCGUCCUCUACGUCUUCCAGAACGAGGUCUCGCUGCGGGUCGCGAGGACGAUGCACAAGAGGAUCAAGAGGCUUGUUGCGCGCGUGGAAAUGGGAGACACUGAGCUUGACGAGAGGGACAUCAAGAUCUUGGAUGGCUGGCGAUGGCGAAUCCUGCUGUGGUAG